UAAUGUGUUGCUCAUCUUUGACUGCUAAAAGUUCAGCUCACUGUUUCCUUUCCCUCCACCGUGUGGCCGAAGUGUCAAUCCUCAAUGGUGACGGUUAAGAAGUGAGGUGGGGGCGACCAGCGCAACAGCUGGUGUUAUAUAAGCAGGGUUCAAAACUUGUAUGAUUAAAAAGACGGAAGACUUUGCUGAAUGGAAGACCUAAAGCCAGCGUGCACAUAAAGCCUGAGUCUGACAACGACUCCACCAAGCAACAAUUAUUUUCUGUGAGCGAUUCAAGGCAUUUGUGCCGAGAGACACUUCAAUCAGCCACUGAAGGUCAACGCCGCAGUGUCAUUGUGAAGAUGAGAUUCGGUUCAUUAUUAGCAACUCUCGGCAUCAUCACUUGGAUGAGCUCAGCCCAUGCAACCCAGGGACCCGUGUCAAGCUGCUGUCCUGGGUGGUCCAACACCAGAGUCCGUGUUCAAAACGUUGCCAAUUACACCAUUCAGUCAGAAGGCGCCUGUACCAUCAAAGCUGUUGUGUUUCAGACGAAAGUUGGAAAGACGAUCUGCUCCAACCCUAACAGUGUUUGGGCAAAGAAAGCCAUGCUGAAGGUGGACGACGAAUCAAAGAGAUUGCAAGGGAUGGGAGUCACCGAGCAGGCGCCAACAGGUGGCAUCAUGCCAGCUGCAAUGACUAUGUCAAAACAUGUGACGAAACGGAACAAAGGCAAGAAAGGAAGAAGAGGACGGAAGAACAAAUCCAAGAGAGGGAGGAAGAUGUGGAGGCAGAGAAAAUAUGCCUAAGGCAUCAUAAGUCCUGUUUGUACUGUCAGCACACAUGUUUGUUUUAUACUGGACUUGUCUGAUGAUUUCAUAUUAACAGUAAAUACAACUGAAACAAAACACAUUGUUAUUAAUAUUAUUAUUAUUGUUGUUAUUAUUAUUUUUAGUGUCAUUGUUAUUAUUGUUAUUAUUAAUAAGAAUAAGAAGAAUAACUAUUUUUUUUACUAUGACAAUUUACUCUACAGGCUACCUUGUAUGUAAAUAUGCUAUGUUGACCAUUGUAUAUGUAAAUAUUCAGCUAUAUUCAAUAUAUUCUUUCCCAGUCACAUUACAGUAAAGCCUCUCUGAUCAAGUGAUGUGUUGUGUGUUGUGUGUCUGACAUACUGCAAUAUAAUAUGACCUAUUUUAAUCGGCUCAGUGUAUAGGAAGUGAAGUUAAAGACCUAGAGCUAA